AUGGCACAUCAUGUCCUACCCAUAUUUCCAAUUUUCCUUGUUACAUUCUUCUUUGUGAUGUUAUGCUCAAUCUCCUCGUCCAACGCAUGCACUGGCCUGGAAGCUUGCACAAGCUUGGAGAAAGACGGGAGUGGCUCGGACAGCAUCAGCAUCCCGACUUUCGAUGGCAUCGACGAGCACCAGUCGCUGCUCGUCCUCAAGAACGCGGAGAUAUGGCGCGACGUCCUCCGCGCGCCUCCCUACAAGCAACACCUCGUCGUCAUCCGGCUCCGUCCUCCCGUCAUCCGGUUCCGUCCUCCUCCCCUUCCGGAUGGAGCUCUGGCGCCACGUCGUCUCCGGCGACAUGAUGACGAAGAACGAGGCGUCCUUCACCACCACUCUAAGGUUCAUGAUCAUCUCAUCUCGGACCGGCGGCCCGUGGGCAGCCUGGCGUUCGUCGUCGUCCCCACCCUCAACGCCGCCGAUGGCGCCUUACCGCGGGCGUUGAACACCGCAAACUACACCAUCACCACCACCUCCAAUAAUCAUAGCUUGUCCCUUGAUCUUGCAAGCAUCAUGUCGGACUACAACAACAACAGUAACAAGUCGACAAGCACAGCCGUGAACUACACGGUGUGGAUCGACUACGACGGCAUCGGGCACAAGAUUUCUGCGUACAUGGCCAACGACGGGCAACUGAAACCAUCAAAGGCCAUCUUUGCCGGGCACCUCACCAUGAGCAACCGUGUCCCCAACAAGGCGUACAUCGGUUUCUUUGCCUCCGGCUCCGAUGGCGAGACAUACGGCUUGUUGAGCUGGAACAUCACCGUGGACAGAGUCCCGGACUCGGGCAUCGCUGCGAGCAAGAGCAAAAACAAACCAUUCGAGACCGGAUUCACGACAGUGAUCGUGGUCUUCUCAUUCUUCUCUGUUUCUCUGAUUGUGAUCCUUGUGUUUCAGAGCAAGAAGAACUCCGAUGCAAAGCAGCUUUUAGAUGAGGUGCUGAGCCAACUCGCCAGGAAGCUUAAGUACUCGGAGAUAAGGAACGCGACUGGUAACUUCACUGACGCGAGGAGACUCGGACGAGGUUCGUUCGGAGUCGUCUACAUGGGGACGCUCACAACUCAGAGAAAUGGGCGGACGCAAGAACAGCGGCAGCAGCAAGUAGCUGUGAAGAAGUUCGAUCGGGACGAAAACCAGCAGCGUCGUUUCACCGAUUUUCUUGUGGAGAUUCAAGUUAUAAUCCGGUUGAAGCACAACAAUAUCGUGCAACUUAUUGGUUGGUGCUUGGAGAAACGAGCGCUUUUGCUGGUGUACGAGUACAAGCACAACGGUAGCCUCGACAAUCACCUGUUCGGCAACCACAGCCGCCAGCAGCAGGUGCUACCAUGGCCGACACGCUACAGCAUCGUCAGGGACGUCGCCGCGGGACUCCACUACAUCCACCACGAGCUAGAGGACAUCAAGUCCAGCAACAUCCUGCUCGACCAAGAAUUCCGUGCCUGCCUCGGAGACUUCGGCCUUGCCCGCGUCAUCUCCGGUGGCAGGAGCUCCGCUUCAAUGGAGCUCGCCGGCACCAGGGGUUUCAUAGCGCCGGAGUACGCGCAGAAUCGGGUGGCGACGCGGCGGACCGACGUGUACGCGUUUGGAGCCCUCGUCCUUGAGAUCGUCACCGGUAGGAAGGCACUCGAUCACUCCCGGCCCAGUGACUCAGUGCUGAUCGCUAACUGGGUACGGGAUGAAUUCCACAAUAACGGCAAGCUGCUGGAAGCCGUGGACGGCAGCCUCACCACGGAGGAAGGUCUCCAGUACGAUGCCGACGACGCAGAACGGCUACUUCUCCUUGGCUUAUCGUGCACCAGCCACAGCGCUUCAGACCGGCCAAGCAUGGAGAUGGUCGUGCAGAUCGUUGCCAAGCCCGUGCCGCGGCCGGUCGUCGUUGUGCCUCGUGUGGAGCCGGCGUUCGUGGGGAGCUCAUCGGCCGAGAUCGAUGAUGCCUCAAGCCUAGGUCGCCGUUGA